CCAGUAGCGGAAGCCCCAGAAAGCUCAAAAUGCAGUACUGUCUCUCCUACCAGUGGGCUAAAUUCAAGAAGAUCUCCAGGGGCUACUAGUAAUUCUUGUUCCCCAUUAAAUGCCACCUCAGGAAGUGGGCACUUGACACCUCUUAAUCCAAGAGCAGAGAGAAAAUGAAGGAACCAGAUGAUCAGGAUACUGAUGGGAGGAAAUCAGAGAGAUCAAAGAGUGAUGGAAGGCAGUCUCAUUCUUCUAGAUCUGCAUCAGAACCCACUAUGAAAGAGGAUUACAAAUCUGUUGUAGAUACCACAGGCGAAACAUUUACUGAAGUGGAAGAAUCAUAUUUAGGGGACGAUGAAUCCUAUGUGGAACAUUUGGAAGGAAGUUCAAGUUCAUUUCAAGAUGAUUAUGUGGAAAGCAUUGGAAAAUCUCAGUACAUGGAAACUCCUGUCCCAGAUGCAGAAGAGGCAGAGGAGGAAGUUAAGAAGAAAAUAUCAGAAAGCUUCUUCUACGAUUAUAUGGAGCUUGCUUCGAUGCCUUUUGUGACUCCGGAUUCAAACAUACCGCUGGAUCUUCUUACACUUGUACAUUCCUUUGGUUAUGACUGCAGAAAGCGGGCCAACCUACAACUUCUGGACAGCAAUAUGGUGUUGUACGUAGCUGGGAACCAGCUGAUCCUUCUGAAUUUGAAAACCAAGGAACAGACCUACCUGCGAAGCAGCAGUGGCAGGGGAAUUGGUGUCAUUGGGGUUCACCCCCAAAAAACUUACUUCACAGUAGCAGAAAAAGGAGUUUUCCCAAAGAUUAUCAUUUAUGAAUAUCCUUCUUUGAGGCCCUACAGAAUACUUCAAGAUGGGACUGAUCUGGCCUAUGCAUGUGUAGACUUUAACUGCGAUGGUACUUUGCUGGCCUCUGUGGGUGGCAACCCUGACCACACACUGACAAUCUGGAAUUGGAAAGAAGAGCAGCCCCUACUGAGGACAAAAGCUUUUUCCCAGGAAGUUUUCAAGGUUACUUUCAAUCCUGAAGAUGACGAGCAGCUUACUACAUCGGGAUCCGGCCACAUCAAGUUCUGGGAAAUGGCUCUAACAUUCACUGGCCUCAAGCUUCAGGGUUCAUUGGGUCGAUUUGGCAAAACAGCCACUAAUGAUAUAGAAGGUUACAUGGAGCUCCCAGAUGGGAAGGUGCUCUCAGGGUCAGAAUGGGGCAACAUGCUGCUUUGGGAAGGUGGCCACAUCAAAGUCGAGCUGAGUCGAGCUGCAGGCAAGCCUUGUCACCAGGGUCCCAUUAACCAGAUAAUGCUGGACGAGGGUGAAGUCAUCACCAUCGGGUCAGAUGGAUGUGUUAGGAUAUGGGAUUUUGAGACAAUAGACACUGCUGAUACUAUAGACGAGACUGGAUUGUUAGAGAUAGAGCCCAUUAAUGAACUUCAAGUAGACAAGAAUGUCAGACUCUUCUCUAUGAUAAAAAUGAAUGAAAUCGGAAAUAACUUUUGGUUGUCUCAGGAUUCCAAUGGAGCCAUAUGGAAGCUUGACCUUAGCUUUUCAAAUAUUACCCAAGAUCCAGAAUGCCUCUUCUCCUUCCAUUCUGGAGCCAUUGAAGCCUUGGCCGUCUCUCCUCUCACUUAUCUCAUGGCCACUACUGGCUUGGACUGCUCUGUUAGACUCUAUGAUUUUGCUAGCAAAACUCCUUUGGUUCAGAUGAAAUUCAAACAAGGAGGUACUGCCCUUGCUUGGGUACCACGACGGGUAAGCAACGGUGGAGCACAGAUUACUGCAGGAUUUGAAGAUGGCGUUGUUCGAAUUCUUGAACUUUAUGAUCCAGAAGGGCUCACAAGUUUUGUGGGACGGAAGAGAGUUUCAGAUGCAGAUAUUCGUUUGAAACAGGUUUUCAAACCUCAUACUUCUCCUGUCACUGCUUUAGCUUAUGAUCGUGAUGGAGAAGUUCUAGCCACAGGGAGUAAAGAUCAAACUGUCUUCUUCUUUGAAGUGGAAAGGGGUUAUAAGCCAAUCGGUUAUAUUACUACUCCUGGACCUGUUUGCCAGUUAACCUGGUCUACAGCCUCUCAUCCUGAAAGUACUUUACUGAUUAUUUGUGAGAAUGACUAUGUUCUUGAAGCUCCAUUUCCAACUAUAAAGGAGGAGGAGGAGGACCAUGAUGUAGUUUCCUAUGAAAUCAAAGACAUGUGUAUAAAAUGUUUCCAUUUCUCAAGUAUCAAAUCUAAGAUUCUGAGAUUAAUAGAAAUUGCAAAGAGAAAGAAACAAAAGGAGUUGAAGGAGAAGGAAAAGGAAGAAAGGAGGAAAAGCCUAGAAGCACAGAUGGGAGAAGAUGGAGAAAAGGAACUCCAGGGGGAAGAGGAGGAGGAGGAGGAACCAUUACCCGAAAUCUUUAUUCCUUUAACCCCCUGUCACAUCCUCUGUGGAUUUUACUCUGGACCAGGGAAGUUCUGGGUUUCUUUGGGUGGCUAUGAUUCUGGUUUUCUAUAUCACUGUGAGUUUCCCCCAUAUGACAAAAGCAGUGAUAUCACAGAAAAGAAAGAUGAACCCUUUGAUUUCCGUCUUCUUGAGGAUACAGAGGAUAAUCCCAUCACAACUAUUACUUUCAGCAUUAACCAAGAAAUGAUGUUUUGUGGAAUGCAAAAUGGAGCAAUUCGAGUCUAUAUCCUAAAUAAGAAUGAUCCUUCAUUGACCAAUAUGGAGGACUACUGGCACUUCAGUAUGCAUGACAAUAAUUAUGGAUGCAUUAAAGCCAUCUCCACUAGCUUUGAUGACCGUUUCUUGGUGACUGCUGGAGCAGACAGUAAUAUCUUUGUUUUCAACAUUUUUUCUGAAUUUGCGUUAAAGAAAGUCAUGAAAGCCAAGGUGCCAUCUCCCAGGUUUGGAAUAGAAACAGAGCCAAUUCCAGAAGAUAUUGAAGAUCCUAAAGCCUACAGUAUUGAGAAUGCCAGAAGAAAAAGAGAACAUGACAAGUUAAUGAAAGAAGGGGAAGAAAUCAAGGCUGAGAAGAGAGAACGAAUCAAAGCUUUAAGGAAUCAAUUACAGAAACUACUACAGAUGAAUGAAGAAUUACCAAAACAUAUGCAGUUUAAACGGACAGAUUUUGAUCUAGAUUCCAAAAUUCGUGCUGAGAUUGACAGGAAAACAGCUAAUAAAAUUCAACGAGUGGAAAAGGAAUUAGCUUGGGAAAAAGAGAAACACCAGCUUGGCCUAAUGAAGCUACAGAAUAGAUUUCGUGAUUCGUUGGAAAGCGAUACUAUUGUGGUUCAUGCCAUACAAAGUGAACACAAGAUAUCCUCCUAUAGGCUUGUGAAGCCCUCUAAAUACUCCAAAUCCAAACGGCCAAGUCAAUCAGAGAGAAGAGCGAGCAAAUUUGAGAGGUUUGAAAAAGAAGGAACUGGAAGAAAGGACAGUCAGAGAGAUACAGGUGGGAGUAUUAGUGUGCCAGAAGAAUCAAUCAUAGAAAAAGGGAAGAAAUUUCGGCCUAAAACCCUAAGUGAAAUUAUGGUGGAAAGUCAAAUUGAGAAAACAAGGAAACUUAUAUUAAAGGCUGAAAGGGCCCAACUGAAAAUUCAGCAGCGAAAAAAAGAAUGGGAGGAAAUGUACAAGAGUAAACCUGAUGAUGACUAUGAAGAUCCCAAAGAUGUUCAAGCCAUCAAAGAGGCCCAGUUGUAUAUGGGAGACUUCAAUUUGAAGACAGCCCCAGACUAUAAGAUACCUGAACACAUGAGAGUAAAUGCUGCCAAGAAGGAAGAGGAACUGGGAUACCUUGACUCUAUGGCCUAUGCAAAGAAAAUGCACAUGAACAAGUGCAUUGUCUCUCUUCGAGACCUUAAAGUGGCUGUCAUCGAGGAAAUACAGUGCCUGGUGCAAGAACUGAAGAACAUUCAGUCGACUCUUCACGUAUCCAAGCACAUCCCCAUUCCCCAAAUCCCUCAGAUAUACCCAGAAGAAGUCCCAGAAAAGAGAUUUCAGUAUGAUGAGGAAACCCUCCUAGCUUUUAAGCGGCAGCAGAUGAAAAAUCAGGCUGAAACGGCCCCUCGAGUGGAACAGGCAGUGUCUGCAGGCUCAGCUGGAAGCUUCCUCAGACUCUCUUCUGGAAAGGAUGGGGAUUUGACGACAAGUGAUUCAUUGUCUAGAUCAUCAAAAGCAUCAGUAUUCAAUCUAGAUAUUCCAAAGUUCAUGGAAUUUGAAAGAACAGAUCCAACUGAAGUGGAGCUGGAGAUUAUGAAGAGGGAUGAGAUUAAACACUUGUACAUGCAACAGUAUUUGAUCAACAGGAUCAAAGAACUGAUUGUCACUUUUGAUGCAGAACUCCGUCUCCUGAGACAUCAGAAACUGAAACUAGAUACUCAGAUGAAAUUAUCUGACCUGCACCAUGUCACAUUAUUUCAAGAAAUGCUUCUCCUGAAGAAUUUUGAGAAACAGGAGAACAUACUUCAAGAGCGUGUUAAUUCAUUAGACAAAGAGGAACAGGACAUGCAAUGGAAAAUAAAUGAAACUCUUAAAGAGAUGGAAGAGAAAAAGAAUGAAGUCGCCAAGGUCCAGGACCAAGAAAAGGCACUCUAUGCUGGUUUCCAAGCAGCCCUUGGAGAAAACAAUAAAUUUGCCAACUUUCUCAUGAAGGUACUAAAGAAGAGGAUUAAGCGGGUGAAGAAAAAGAAGGUUGAAGGAGAUGCUGAUGAAGAUGAAGAAAGUGAUGACUCAAGUGAAGAAGAAUCCAGCUUGGAGAGUGACGCGGAUGAGUCUGGAUCCGAAGAUGACGUUUUUGAUGAUUCUGUCUGCCCAACAAAUUGUGAUAAGGGUCUCUUUGAACUGGCCCUUCAACUUCGAGAGAAAAGGCUAGACAUUGAAGAGGCCUUAGUUGAAGAAAAGAAAAUGAUCGAUAACCUCAGAAAGGAAUAUGAUACAUUGUCCAAAAAAGUCAAGAUUGUGGCAACUAAUCUGAACAUGGCCGAGGAGGCCCUGGAGGCUUAUCAACGUGAGAAGCAGCAGCGGUUGAAUGAACUGCUGGUUGUGAUUCCUCUCAAGCUCCACCAGAUAGAGUAUGUGGUAUUCGGAGAAAUACCUAGUGAUCUUUCUGGAACUUUGGUCUUUUCGAACCACUCCUUGGGACGACUGCAAGAACGAAUUGUCCAGCUCCACGAGGAAAAUUCCCAGCAGCAAAAACUUAACAAAGAUUGCCGGGAACGGCGUAAACAGCUCAUCCGAGAAAAGAGAGAGAUGGCCAAAACUAUACAGAAAAUGGAAGAAACAGUCAGUCAACUAAUGGUCAGCAAGUUUGGCCGUGUGAUCAACCUAGAAGCCCUUCAGACACUUUCUGUGAAUACAACACUUGAAGAACUAAAGAUCAAGAAACUUCGAAAGGAGCUAUCAAACGCAAAGGAAAUGAAGAUGUGGGAGGAAAAGAUUGCUCAAGUGCGAUGGGAAUUGAUGAUGAAGACAAAAGAACACACCAAAAAACUUCAUCAGAUGAAUGAUUUAUGUACUGAAAAGAAGAAACUUGAUUCUCAGUUGAAUAUUCUACAGAACCAGCAGGGAAACGCCUUCCAGGGCCCCCGGAAAGCAGAUACUGUGGCCAGAGAGAAGGUCACUGAAUUGAUCCAAGUCCAGGCCGAAAGGAUUCUGGCCUUAAAGGAAGAGGUUGCUCUUUUGCGUAAGAAAGGUGGCCUUGUUCUCCCCCCGAUUCACUCGCCAGGAGAGAAUGAAUGAAGCCCGUGGGCCUUAAGUUUGCUUUUUUCUCAAAUCCAGCCAAGAUUUCUGACACUUAAUUCAACAGAACUUCUGUUUCCUUGUCGCCUGCAACAAUCCUACUGUUUUAAAGUGAACUUAUCUGAAAGUCUAAAACCACAUCCAGUCAUGUAGUUUUAAUAAUUUCCCCCCAACUGCUUAUCUUAAAACUGACUACAGCACCCAACAGCUACUUAUUAUUGAACUGAACCAAUGCAGAUGUGUUUGCAACCAACUGGGUCGAAUAUGAAAUCUUAGGAGGCUGUUACCUCAAAUCGCCAGAAACCAUCGGUAAUAUAUCCUGUUUUAGGAAAUUUGUUUUUUGGUUAUCUGAAUUCUGAGCCAUUAGCAAGAAAAUCGGUCAUUCAGCAAACCAUGAGAAAACUUCCUUUUCUUGGUCGUUGGAUCCUUGGAAAAUAAACUUUGAUGUUAUCAGGUAUUCUCUGAGAGGGCACAAGAGAACAAAAACUAUUUUGCCAACAAUAUCUGAGAAAAAUGCAAUUUAGAAUUUUGACAUUGUUAACUUCAUAAAGCAGUUAUUUGAGGGGUCGGGAUUCAGGAAAUGCAGACAGAAAGAGCAGAGCAGUUUGCUUUAGACUGGCAUAAAGCAAAAAAAUAAACAGCUUCCUGAAUCACCCAUAGUUUUAGCAACCUCCUCAGCUCUGGGUGGAGCAGAGAAGUGUGUUUUGCAAAAUGGUUAAGAAGGAGGCUCUUCUCUAAAGGUGUCUGCAACUCUACCAGUAUCCUAAGCAUUUCCUAUAGUUUCUCAUGUCCUGUGCCAUUUUCUUUCUGUUUCUACUUGAGUCAUUUGCUGGUUUUGAUAUAGAUCAGGAAGUAAUGAAAUAGAUCCCAUCACUGAGAGAUCAACUCUAAUAAUCACUUUUGAUUGUACAUAACAUUUAAACUAAUUUGGGAGUAUUCCUUUGGUUUGGGGGUAAGUAGUCAGUGGAAUUCAUCUAAGAAUGAUUUCACUGAUAUUUGGAUUCCUGUUUGUUAGUAAUAGAACAUAGCACUUUAAAUUCCGUGCUCUAUGGGUCCAUUUUAAUGAGCUACUCCCUUGAGGCCAUCCCAGAAUAUGAACUGGUUACCGAAAAGGAAAGGUAAAGGCGGCAAUGUUGCACCAAUGUAGAAAGUGACCUCAGCAAGGUCAAGUUUUCGUAACCUGUCUAGCCUGCUGAUCUGCCCUCCAAAAUUAUAGACAGGACUUGGGGUCUUUUGUAUGUUGGAAUAUAUACAUGUUACAGGGGGCCACUUGGCCUAUUGUGUCUCUAAGAUCCUUUCAUACUCCUAUUUGAGAGGUCCAAAUAGCUUACUGUUUGUGCCUAUCACCACAGAGCUCUGAUGUAGCAGCUUUUCUACUGGAGAGCACCCUUUAUCACAUUCUCUGCUGUACACCCUAAACUAUGUGUGCCCUUCAAGCAUUUCAAAAAAAUGUGCUAGUCACAGUUCUGAGUGUUUUACCUACUUAUUUAUUCCUGCAUAAAAAAUUACCCCCAAACAUAGCUUAAAACAACAUUAUCUCACCCAGUUUCUGAGGGUCAGGAAGCUGGGAGCUACUUAGCUGGGUGUUUCCAGCUCGGGUCUCUUACGAGGUUGUAGUCAAGCCGUAAGCUGGGCCCGCGUCCAUCUGAAGCUUGGCUGCAGCAGGAGGGGCUACCACCAAACUUACGUAACUGGCUGGCUACGACCUUGAGCGACCGCCUGGAUACAGUGGGUGGUCCCGGAGGAGACACUAUCCCCUUGUUGUGGUGAGAGCUAGGGUAAAAGUUACAUUAUUUUCCUGGGCCUCAUUAUCAGACAAAUGAGAGAUCUGGAUAAGCUCUGAGGCUUCUUCCUAUUCUAAAUCCUGUGAUUCUAAUUGCAGCAAGAAUGAAUUUAGUCUAUGGAAGAGCCAUGUCAAGGAUUCCAUGUGUCUAUCAACUCAGAGUAAAACCAGUCAGGAUUAUUACUUUUUCCCAAACUGAACUAGACAAAAAUCACUAAAGUUUACAAUACUAGGCAUUCAUACAGCAUGUUUGGGAUUUGACAAUACAGUUAAUUCAUUUUUAUUUUGAAUUAGAUAAGAAAGAUAGCUUUCGUUUCAUUUCAUUGAUCCCAGGCUUAGUCUUGAAUCUAUAGCAACUGAGUCUUCGGGAGGUUUAAUAGCAAGCAGGAGAGCACCAGGGUGCAGCUCUGGCUGGGGGUGGAUGGAAAGCUGUCCUAGUCUCCUGAUCUGUGCUCUGCCUCCUGCUGUGCCCUUAGAGAAGGCAGCCUCACCUUUGAAAGAGGCCAAAAAUCUGUCUGAGUUACUUGUGGAUCAACUGUUAAUGUCCCUUGGCUAUUCUGAACCCUCGUCCAUAGUAUCAUCAAAUCUCAACAUUGAAAGAAAACCUGUAGAGUCCAGCCCCUCUGUCAGAACUUCACAGGAAAAGGAGUUUCUCAUUCCUGCCGACUCAGCCUGUCCCGUGUGGCUGUCCUGAGCCAUGAGCUGAACUCCACACCACCACCACCAGCUCCUGCCCAACUAGGUCUUACUCUUCCUUUUGAUUAAUUUAUAUAGCCACUGCUGACUGAAUCAGAUUUUUAAAAGGCACUAUAAUAAUUAACCUGAAUCUAAAGAAAUGCAAGAUGCGAUGAAACUGAAUAUCUAAGCUGUUUCCUUUUCUAGGCUAAAAUUUAAAGGCCUGAUGCCUAACCUUUUCCUCCUCUCCUGCAAUUGGCUAAAGUAAAUAUGUACAUUUAUCUCAUUUAACCUGCCUUAGAAGUGCUUUUUCAUUCCCAGACUUUUUUUUUUUUUUGAGAGCUAAAAGCACUGUUGUCACGUAAAACUGCUUUCUGCACAGCACUGGAACCAUACCACUUCCAUAAAGUUCACCAAAACUCACCUUGACAACCACUGGGAUCAUCAAGCAUUAAGAAAACAGGGGAGUUUUUUUGUUUUCAAAAGCCAAUGGGCUAGAAUUUGAGUUAUAGCCCAGAUCUGAGAGAUAAGAUCUGUCCCUCUUCUGGAAGUGACCUCUAGGCCCUUGAUGCCAGAUUGUGUCUGAAGUCACAAUAUCUUAUCUCUUCUCUUCCCUGCUCUACGUCUCCUUUCCUGUCAUUUCCGUAUUCCUACAGUCCUUCAUUUCAUUUCUUGAAAUAUUUUUAAAAGACUGCUUUUCUGAAAACCAUGUUCCAAUUUAGCUGCUGGACAGAGAAAGGAUGCAGGAAUCUCUUAUGGCCAGCAGAGGGCGCACUUGCCCUAGACCAUCAGUCACCUCCUGGGGCUUUCUUAGGACUUUAUUCAAUUUGUGACUGGAGUGUGAAGCUAGGGUCUGCCAUUGAUGACCCGGAAGAGGAUUAAGUGUUUCAAGUGGCAUUUCAUCUGUAACUCAACUCUACUGAAAUCUAAAAGGUACAUUUCCCUCCUGAAAACAGUUAAAGUGUGGUAGGGCUCUCAGCAAAAAGCUUCAGCCUCCAUCUACUUCCACUUGCCCGGACAAAGGUUGAUCCUGUGGUUGGACGGCAGUGAGUAAAUGUUGAUUUUAAACAACUAGUGAGUCAACUCCCCUGCCCACGUUGCUGUUUCUUUGGAAAGAAGCAAAGUGAAUUUUACGAGGCACCAUAUGUUCACCUGUAGCACAGCACUUCACUAAAUGGCAUUUUGGAGAAAAUACUUAGUCUUCAACACACACCUGUAUAGAAAAGAUGAGCCUCAUUCCUUCCGAUCUGACCACAGCUUUACCUCAAGUCCAGUCAGAGAACGGUGAAUCUGCUUCUCCUCGCCCACUGUACACUGUGUCCCUCUUGGACUAAACAGUUACCACGCAUCUGCAUUAAUGAAAACACAACUGAGAGUCAAUAUUUAAAAAGACAAAAUUAGAAACAUUUGCUACCUUUUCCAGACUUCUCGAUGGAUCUGAAAACAUCACAAGUGGAUGUUUCUUCAAAUACUCAGACUGAAUCCUAACAUCUAAAGAGAAUGCUGACUCAUACGUGACUAAGCUGUAGGUUACAAGGAAGACUAAACAUUUAUUUAGACAUUACAGUGUUUAUUUUUACAGA